AAUAUAAAUAGAUUUGAUUUAAAUCAAUACUUCGAAAAUAAGAAAAAAUUCAUAUCACGGAUAAUACAAACUUGAUCUUUUCCGAGUCCUUUCGUAUGUUGCGAUGUAAAUAUCCGCUAUGGCUGAACAAUCAUCAGAAAAACCACAUGGAUCACCUGUCACGAGAUUUCUUCAGAAUAUUGAUUUAGCGAGAGAGCAAAUAAGAGAUGAAAGUGCAUCUCGACAAGAAGAUGGAGAUUUUGAUGCUGACAGACUAUGGUCUAGAACAGAAAAGGUGUUCAAGUUAAUUUCACACGAAGCAACAAAGAUUUCCUUGGCCUUCUGUGGCAGUCCAUUUCCAUCAGAAAAGGAAAGUGUGUCUUUGUUUGCGUCCGCAGAAAAAGCCACCCUGGCUCUGGUCUCUGUGUAUUAUUCUCUCCCAACAUCACAAGGUCUGAGAUUAAACAAAUCCACAAAGCUGGCGGUGUUGUCCAUUCUUGACAGUUUGAGGGAGCUGGUGUCUGGGAUAGAGGAGGGAUGUCGAGGUAACCAGCAACAACUUCAACAUACAGGCACUGUCUGGCAGGAUGCAGAUAUAUUCUCCACAAUGCCAAAGAAUAAUAAAGAAGCUGUUGUCGAUGAACUGAAAACUUCGUCUCAGUUAAUCGCUGAUGCUUUGGAGGAGCUUGAGGAGGCCAUUGAGGGAGGCGGUUCUCCGGAUGGAUUAUUCGGAUCAGACGAGGAGGAGGAGGGUCCCAAGUGGACAGAAUCCGACAAAGCAGUGGCUAAACCCUGUGUGGGCCUCAUCAAAACCACCAAAGCAUUGCUCAAGAAAACCACAGAGUGUGUGCAGAGCAACGGGCAGACUCAGCAAUCCUCGGAGAUUCAAGAACUGGACCAGCUGGCAGACCUGUCCGAGAGGUUAAGUCCGGCCGUGGAUGACCUAAUUUUGGAUCUGUAUCCUCCAAUGGACAGGAGGAAAGUACAAGACAAGGGGAAAAAUGUGUUCGAGACACAGAAGACAAUUUUAGAGUUUUUAAGAUCAACUCACAUGACUGGAGAAAAUGAACAAACAUGGCUUGAGUUUUUGUUUAAGGCUAAUCUUCAUAAUUACGAGAAAAUCUUCAAAUUCACUAAUGAGGAGGCAAAGACUUAGAUCAUGUUGUUAACUAAUACUUUCAUUUUAAGAAAUAAAAAUGCCAUAUACAUGUAUUUACAUUGCAUUCGAAAGCCUUGGAACCCUGAUUGUGGCCUCACAUUAAGGAAAGUUCUUUUACUGGAAACUACACCAUCACAGGAAGGGAGAUAAUUCAGUGGACUAGAACGGGAUCUGAUCCCAGGCUUCUUCAUUCUCUAGUUAGGUGAGCUCUACCAACUGAGCCAUUUCUGGCCACCGAAGCUCGUCCGACUACCAUGUCCCUCCCUCCUUAAGGAGAUACACUAUACAGGACCUUAAUUCCAUUUAUUUGAACAACUUGAGUCUCUUAGUACUCGGAUGCUUUGUGGCAAGUUUUGUCAAAAUUCUGGAGAAGUCAUCAAAUAAAUGUGAACAUUUACGGCAUGUUUAUGUGCACUUGCAAAUAGACAGAAUGGAAAACUUUGAUGAGGAUCAAAACUCCACUGGAGUUUUCAACUCGUGACUUAAAAAGACAUUCCACAGAUAAUAUUAAUUAAAGUUCAUCAUGAUUUGAGGUUUAUUUAUUAAAGAAAACAAAUUUAUUGCUACUCUUUGCACAGAAUGAAAUGUUGAAAAACUUUGUA